CGACGAGCUUCAAGCAAUAUGGCGAAGUGUGUCAUGGGCUCGGUGAGACGUAGUGCCGUUUGAAAGAAUGAAAAGUUCGCGGUAUGGGUUGAGAAUAAUGUAGCGCUAUGAAGAUCGUGUGAAUAUCGUAUUUGUGUACAACAAAAGCAUCGAGUAGUUCCUUGUGAUCGGGAUAUACAGUGCGCGUUACCGGUGUGAAAUCAUGGCUACGGAUAAAAUAAAGGUUGCCGUUCGGGUUCGGCCGUUCAAUCGCAGAGAGCUGGAACUCGGUACACAAUGCGUCGUCGAGAUGUCCGGACAGCAAACCAUCUUGCAGCAUCCCACCACGAUGGACAAGAUCGAACGGAGCAAGCCGAAAACCUUCGCGUUCGAUCAUUGUUUCUAUUCCCUGGACCCGGCCGUGGAAAACUUUGCGAAUCAAGAUGUGGUGUUCGACGCCCUGGGUCGCGACAUUUUGGACAAUGCGUUCCAAGGUUACAACGCCUGCAUUUUCGCCUACGGUCAAACCGGGUCCGGGAAAUCGUACACGAUGAUGGGAAGCGGCGAGAACAAAGGUAUCAUACCACGGCUGUGCGACAACCUGUUCGACAUGAUCGCGAAGCAACAGAGCUCGGAGCUUACUUACAAAGUCGAGGUAUCCUAUAUGGAGAUCUACAACGAGAAGGUGCACGAUCUGCUCGAUCCAAAGCCGAACAAACAGUCGCUGAAAGUCAGGGAACACAAUGUCCUGGGGCCGUACGUGGAUGGACUUAGUCAGCUCGCCGUCACAUCCUUUCAGGACAUCGACAAUCUGAUGGCGGAGGGGAACAAGUCGAGGACGGUAGCUGCGACGAACAUGAAUUCCGAGAGUUCACGGUCGCACGCUGUAUUCUCCGUCAUUCUGACGCAAACGUUGACGGACUCGAAGAGCGGCGUCAGCGGUGAAAAGGUCUCGCGGAUGAGCCUGGUGGACUUGGCAGGGAGCGAAAGGGCUGUGAAAACUGGAGCGGUGGGCGAUAGGCUUAAAGAAGGAAGCAAUAUAAACAAAUCCCUAACGACGUUGGGUCUAGUCAUUUCGAAGCUGGCGGAUCAAAAUUCCGGAAGUAAUAAGAAUAAGGACAAGUUCGUGCCGUACAGGGACUCCGUUCUAACGUGGCUGUUGAAGGAUAACCUUGGCGGGAACAGUAAGACCGUAAUGGUAGCCACUAUAUCUCCUGCCGCGGAUAAUUACGAGGAAACGCUUUCAACCCUGCGAUACGCGGACAGAGCCAAGAGAAUCGUUAAUCACGCGGUGGUCAACGAGGAUCCAAAUGCAAGAAUCAUUCGAGAAUUAAGGCAGGAAGUGGAGGCGUUGAAAGAGAUGCUAUUACAUGCAACUGGACAAGGAUCGAUAGUGGGCCAGCAACGCACAGACAUAACGGAGAAGCUGUCGGAAUCGGAACGAUUAAUGAAGGAAAUGUCGCAAACGUGGGAGGAAAAACUGGUGAAAACCGAGAGGCUGCAACACGAAAGGCAACAGGCCUUAGAAAAAAUGGGAAUCAGUGUUCAAGCCUCUGGUAUCCAAGUGGAAAAGAACAAGUAUUAUCUCGUAAAUCUAAACGACGACCCUAGCUUGAACGAGCUGCUAGUUUAUUAUCUGAAGGAAAGGACUCUGGUUGGAGGACGUUCGGCAAAGACAGAGCAGGACAUUCAACUGCACGGGCUUGGUAUUCUGCCUGAACACUGUGUCAUCACGAUAGAGGAGACUGGCCUCUAUAUGACGCCAUUAAACGGUGCUAGGUGUUUCGUGAACGGCACUCAGGUAGUAGAGAAAACGCCGUUGUUACACGGUGACAGGAUCGUCUGGGGAAAUCAUCAUUUCUUCCGGGUGAAUUGUCCCAGAAGUGCAACAGCGAUCAACAGUGAGCCUCAGACGCCGGCACAGAAUAUUGAUUACACUUUUGCACGAGAAGAACUGAUGCUUAACGAGUUGUCGAACGAUCCUAUUCAAAGAGCCAUCGCUAGACUCGAGAAGCAGCACGAAGAAGAUAAACAGGUCGCGUUAGAGAAACAGAGACAAGAGUACGAGCGACAGUUUCAGCAACUUCGCAACAUUUUGUCUCCAUCGACACCCUAUUCCCCUUACGUACCGUACGAUCCCCUGCGGGGCAGUCAAAGUAGUAAACUUCCUGCUUGCACGCCAACUACGCAAAUGCGAGUAGAGAAGUGGGCCCAGGAAAGAGACGAGAUGUUCAAAAGGAGUUUAGGCCAAUUGAAAGCGGACAUCUUAAAGGCGAACGCAUUGGUGCAGGAGGCAAACUUCUUGGCGGAAGAGAUGGGGAAGCAAACGAAGUUUAGCGUCACUUUACAGAUUCCGCCAAACAAUUUAAGUCCAAAUAGAAAGAGUGUAUUUUUUCAGCGGGGCGCCUUCGUCAGCGAGCCUGCGAUUCUAGUGAAAAGGACAAACAUGGGCAGCCAGGUGUGGUCCAUGGAAAAAUUAGAAAACAAAUUAGUCGAUAUGCGGGACAUGUACGAGGACAGAAAGGAUCCCAACAAUUGUCAACGAUUACCUGCCAUUAAAGAUGAAGUGCCCGGGAAGACUCAAGACCCGUUCUACGAGUCCCAGGAAAAUCACAAUCUCAUUGGAGUAGCGAAUAUUUUCUUAGAGGUUCUGUUUCACGACGUUCGGUUAGAUUAUCACACGCCAAUUAUCAGCCAACAAGGAGAAGUCGCUGGACGACUGCAGGUCGAGAUUAGUCGCAUAUCUGGUCACUUUCCUCAGGACCGUAUCUGCGAGGCAGCGUCAGAAUCGUCGAAUGACUCGACCUCGUCAGAACCUGAGGAUUAUUCCGGAUCGAGCUUCAUCACUUGUCGCGUGACCAUCAAACAAGCAACUGGUUUGCCUCUGUCACUGAGCCAUUUUGUAUUUUGUCAAUAUAUGUUCUGCGGACAUCCAGAUCCCAUAGUGGUCCCAGCCAUCGACAAUUCCGAACAAUUAACUUCGAAUUGCCAGAUAGGGCAGAGAGACUCUCUGGUGUUCAAGUUUAAUCACACGAAAGAUUUUACCGUGCCCAUAACGGAGGAGUUUAUCGAACACUGUAGCGAAGGGGCCUUAAGCAUAGAAGUUUGGGGACACCGAAGUGCCGGAUUUUCGCGAAGUAAGCCAGGUUGGGAAGUCGAGCAGCAACUUGCAAAAGCUAGAUCUCUGGCUGAUCGAUGGUCAGAGUUAACGCGGAAGAUCGAAUUGUGGGUCGAAAUCCAGGAACUAAAUGAGCAAGGGGAAUAUUCACCGGUGGAUGUGGUUGUGAAACAAGAUACAUGGACAGGAGGUAUUUAUCAGUUACGUCAAGGACAGCAACGACGAAUACAAGUUCGUGUGAAACCAGUACAAAAUUCAGGAACAUUGCCCAUAAUUUGUCAGUCGAUAUUAAAUAUAGCAGUUGGUAGCGUGUCUGUAAGGAAUCGUCUUCAGAUUCCAUUGGAUAGUUAUCAGGACGAAGACUUAAGUAUACUAAGGGAGAAGUGGAGCGAAGCUUUAAUGAGAAGGAGACAAUACUUGGAUCAACAGAUACAGAAACUCAUUAACAAACAAGAUAAAACUGAACAAGAUAUUGAACGAGAACAAAGCCUCGUGGAUCAGUGGGUCAGUCUCACAGAAGAAAGAAACGCAGUGUUAGUCCCUGCAGCAGGAUCAGGUAUUCCUGGUGCACCUGCUGACUGGAACCCCCCUCCAGGAAUGGAACCACACAUACCUGUUCUCUUCCUUGAUCUCAAUGCCGAUGAUCUUUCAACGCAUCAGUCCGGAGAAGAAGUCUCCGUAACUGGGUUAAAUUCCAUCUUACCAAAGGAACAUGGCAAUAAAUUCUACAAUUUACCCAUAAUUCGUCGUAUAGAGAAAGAUGUGUGCGCUAUCGCUGCUUGGGACUCCAGUAUACACGACAAUAUACAUCUGAACAAAGUCACAGAUGCAAACGAGCGGGUUUUUUUAAUUUUGAAAACAACGGUUCGCCUCUCACAUCCGGCGCCAAUGGAUCUUGUGCUGCGUAAACGAUUAGCCUUGAACAUCUACAAACGGCAAAGUAUCACAGACAGAAUCUUCAAGAGAAUCGUUCGUACCGACUGCUUAACUCAAACUGGAGUCACUUACGAAGUCGUGUCUAAUAUACCAAAGGCUAGCGAAGAAUUGGAAGAUCGCGAGAGUUUGGCACAAAUAGCUGCUAGCGGCGAAGACAACAGCUUAUGUGAUGGCGAGACUUACAUCGAAAAAUAUACACGCGGUGUUUCUGCGGUGGAAAGUAUCUUAACCUUAGACCGAUUACGACAAAACGUCGCGGUAAAAGAAUUACUGCAAGCACAAGGUCAACCACUUAUGCGCAAGACAGCAAGCGUACCCAACUUCUCGCAGGUACUACUGCCUCUCCGCCGUCUCGGACGCACUAUCAUGAGAUCCGAUACCUCGAUGGACUCUUUGAACGUCACGCGUUCUGAAAGCGUGACCGAUCUCAACACAGAGUUGAACGGGCUGCUUCAUUCGCGACGUGCAUCCACGGGUCACACCAGAAACGAUGAGAACUUCGUUUCUGCGCCAGCUAAACCAUUCGGAAUCGGCUCCAUUCUGAACUCAGCGAGACCAACCUUCCUGAAUUUGAACCUGAAUCUCAACUCAUUGACACGUCUGCAACAAUCCACCUCUGCCAAGUCAUCUCCGAAUAUGGUCGGUGGCAAAUUGGGUCUACGAAUGACCACUCUACACGAGGAAACGUCGAACACUGGCAACCAGUUGUCGACGCCCGUACACGACGAGGACGAAGAGAAGAGCGACGCUGAUUACUCGGAAUAUGACUCGUACCAGGCACCGGCGAAACCAGUAAAACCGCUAACUUCUUCACGCACACUGGAUUCUCUUGUCGAACUUCAAUCGACGAAGAUCAACACGCCAAGCAUGAGCAGCAGCGGCUACGGUUCACAAGCCGUGUCUACGACCAAUCUCACGUCCGAGGACUCCAUCUCCGUUAAAUCUAUCAGCGUGGACGAGACACCAGACUUGGAAUAUAGGAAUCUGUUGGAUUAUAAGAAACCAGAGAGAAUGGACAGCUCACUGGUGGAGGAAACGCCAGAGGAAUAUAUGGGUGAAGUGACUAACGCGUUGGGCAACUUGAACGUGAUGGAGAACACUUGCGGCGAGGAGCAUACUAGAAAGAACUUAGACGAGACAGGUGCCUACAUGGACGCAGACAUCGACAGUCCGGUUUCUUCGACGAAAAGCGAUAGCGAUGCAAAUACCAAUGUGUCGCGUACAAGUUCUACUCAUUGUCAGAAGAAGGAUACACCAAGCCAGGGUUUGAGCAACAGAAGGAAAAGCGACAUGGAGAUUAGUCAGGCAUCAAAUUCUGGAGAAGACAGCCCUCUGGAGGGUAGCUCGGUUGUACACACGAAGCUACCACCAGGGAAGGUCGUACGUCGAAGAAAAGCUUCUACUAGCACAGGAAGGCCUACGAGUUCUCAGCACAGGGCUUCAUUCCCCAUGGUCCGUCCACAAGUUUCAGAGAGCAAAGCAGCAGCACGACUCGAACAAUCAAUGCAACCUAACAUUCCCUAUGAAAACGGUGACAACAGCUCCUCUGAACGAAUCGAUGACGACGUGAGCGACAAGAGUUCAGCUUUCGGAUCGAGACACGACUUAAGUAGAGUCGAAACUCCGCUCCCGGAUUGGGUUAUAGUUGGUGAAUCGGUGUUGGUUCGCCCAUACAGCUAUUCUGGUGUCAUAGCGUACGUUGGACCAACAGAGUUUGCAUCCGGGACGUGGAUAGGAGUUGAACUCGAUGCCCCGACAGGUAAAAACGAUGGUGCUGUGAAUGGCCAUAGGUACUUCACGUGUCGACCGAAAUGCGGUAUCUUCGUUAAAGUGGACAAACUAAUUCAGGACAAACGUGGCCGAGCACUUAGAAACUAUGUCUCUGUCCCUCAACCUGCACCGAUGCGUCGAAGCGUCAGCAGAGGUGAGGGUUUACAUUCCUUGCACCGAAGUCGAAGCCGAGGGGAGGGCCUUUCAACGACAGGCACGCGAUCUUCUCCACGGGGCAAGUAAACGGAUCACAACGCCGCUUCACCAGUAACUUCGUUCUACUAAUAAGCCACUAAAUAUCCUAAUUGCUACAUGCCUAUGAUAUGUGUAGCAGCAGUGUUUCAGUCCCUUAGACAUUAGGGCAGUUAUGGAUUAAUUAAUACUUAUAAAUAUUACUUGAAAUAUUAGGUCAUUGUAAUGUGUAUCACACAAAGCAUGGGACGUUCUGUCAAAGAAACUUUUUUUCUGGUGUUUUUUUUUUUUUCUCGAACAGAACAUGCUGUUCUGAAAGCAUAGUAUCUACAACUACUUCGCAUCUUCAGUAGCAUAGCGAGAGCGAGAGAGAGAGCGAGUAUAGCGCGAAAGGGAGAGAGAGAAAGAGUGAGAGAGAAUGAAUAUUAAACAAAAAGCGCAAGAAACAUCGAUACGAAGAAAAGUUUCGUCUUUGCGUAUCGAAAGUCAGCGAACGAUGUUCAAUCGAAUAUAUAUAUAGUAUAUAUAUAUAAUUUGUAAGCAUUCCACAAAAAACUUUUAAUUUUAACGACUGGGAUGAUGAGCCAUUUACUUUUUACAUAAGAGGAAGCAUCAUUUAGUUCGCGUAUUAAUUGUACAUUUUUUAACAAUAAUUGAAGAAAGAAGGGAAAAACAGAGUCAGUUAUUUUGAUCGUAAUCUUCUACCAUUGGUGGUAAAUCAAGGCUCGUUUUAAACAAUAAUAUUCCAUAAGUUCUAAGCACCGAUUGCAUUUAAAAGAAAAGAAAAAGAAACGGAAUAAAUAUCGACACGAAUAUUAAAUAUAUUACAAUAUGUACAAUAAUCAUAUGAAUUAAAAUAAAAGAAAAGAAAUAACAAUUUGGCAAUUUUAUGGAAAUUGCCAGUGAAUAUAUAUAUAAAUAGACAGAAUAUGAAAGACACUCUCCAAAAUUGCCGGGCCGGUAAUUUGAAAUAAUGGAGAUGUAGCCAACAGAGGAAUAAAUCACACGGGACGGCCAAAAACUAAAAUAAAUGUGAAGAUAAUGAUUCUUUUCAUGAGACACGAAUUUACCGCGUUGCGUAGAUUAUUUAAAGAUUUUAUAUGUAUACAAUUGUUUCAUAUAUAUUGUAUUUUUUUAGCGCAAUCUGUUAAGUUCCUUUUUAUUGUAACAUACAAUUAUUGUCCUCUGUCCAGCAUUACGUUGUUAACGCGAACAUGACACGCAAUUAAUUUAUACGGCGCAAAAGUGUAUGGAAGAAACUGUGCGUGUUGCAUGACGAUAUAAAUUGAAGAUAAAAAAAGAAAUUCACAUUGGCUAUCGUCUCUGUCGUAAGUGAUCGUCAGUGUUGGUCAUCGAUCGAUUAAAAUCUUAACAAAUUAGACACGAGUUAUUCUUGCGUAACAACAACUAGUUUGUUGACAAAACAAACGAAAUUUUACAAAUUACAAAUUAUCUGUUUCUGUAUAAAGGUAUAUUAUAAAAUCAUAAAAAACAAGUCUACACAACGUACAAUCUUUAUCUUACUAGCAAUAUCAUACACUGAUAUUAUUAAUUGCUAAAAUAUCGUGCAAGAAGAUCCACAGACCACGAAUAAUAAAAAAGAGUCACCGUUUCUUACAAAUGUUCAUAACAAAAGACAAUUGAGAAUACAAUAUUAUAUUAUAAUGUUCCAAGAUUAAAUAGGAAUUUUAAUCGUUAAUUGUGAUUACACUUAGUUGAAUGAAAAUUUCAUCGUCAAUGGCAAUUAAUUGUAAUCAUUAAUUAUCAAUUACAGAGUAAUUGUUGCCCAAUGCUGGCAUUGAUUCACAACAAUCGAUUCGCUGGCUAAUGUGAAUCGUCUCUGAGUGCAACACGAUCACAUAGGGUCGCAAUACUAGAUUCGUAAGUUUUAGAUAGUAGAGAUCGAAUUAAAGAAAAUGAAAAAACACGAGCUUGCUUGAUCGUAUCUUGAAUUAGCGUCACGUCAAACUGCGUUGAUUCGACGUUAUUUCUUUCUUUCUCUGUUCUUUAUCGUGGCGAAUUGUCCACGAUUCGUUGCACUUGACUCUUCUUGAUUCUUGGCUGAAUUUUCACCGCGAAACGACUCUAAUAUACAUAUAUGUAUAUAUAUUUGAUACAUUUCAAACGUGAUUUUUGCUCAGUACGACGAUGACGAUACUGAUUUCUCGUUCGACAAUGAAUUAAAUAAAAAAAAAAAAAAGCGAAGAAGAAGAAGAAGAAGGAGAUAAGUAAAGCACUGUGAAAAGAUAUAACGGCGAUAGAUGGUCAAAGGUGUCGCGUAUAAAAGAAAAAUCAAACGACGGUAUCGCAUAUUUUUUUUAAUUUAUCGAAUAGAUCGUGUGGAGUACAAGAAAGAUGCGAAAAUAGAAAGAAAGGAGGGGGGAAAAAGGUUAAACGUGUAACGAAGAAAUGAACGUCGAAUGAAAGAAGCUAAUUAAUCAUUAUAAAGAUUAAGAUAUAAUCGUAAAGAAACGAAAGAAAAAGAAGAAAAAAGAAAGAAAGAAAAUUCGCCCAAAUUGUGAACAUCAACCAAAAAAGAAAAAAAAAAAAAGAAAAAAAUAACCAUAACAAGAACAACAACUUCUGUCCAAUUAGAACAAUACUAAACGCUAUCAAUAAUGAACAUAUAUUACUGUAUGUAAUACUUAUUGAAUAUAAAUAAUAAACUCUCGCCUGCGACGCGACGUUUCCUUUGUCAUGCGAUUAAAAGACGAGAGACUUCCGGUUGUUGCUUUCGUGUGCACGCGUGUUAUCAUAAACGAAUAGAAUAAACGAAGUAAAGAUGGUAAAGAUAAAAAUACGAACGCGUAUUUUACACGAAAGGGAAACGCCGCGGGCGAAGGUAUCUCUGUCCAUUUUUUGGUAAUUCAAGAAUAUUAAUGAUGAAAGAAAAUUAAGACUCAUAAAUGUCACAGUGAUGCUACAUGCCUACCUGGCAUAUAGGAUUAAUAAAGUCUCUUUUAAGUUUCAGACACCGCGUUACACUUUUCUGUUCUUUUUUUCUUUUUUCUUAAAUUCUUCUUUCCCGCUAUCGUUACGAUGAGAAAUUAUAUACAUACAUAGAAUUGAAACAUAGUAAAAUUUAAUUUCUAAUAAUUGUAAAAUGUUCGAUCGUCUGCUUAUAAAUAUUUUCUAAUAAUUAACUAAUUUUAUUGUAAUAGCUAAAAAUUGUACAUAUAUGAUUACUUUCGUUUUCUGUGUUUUUUUCUUUUUUAUUAAUUUUGUUUCUUUAUUUCCAAUUAUAUCUCGCAGUGGAGCAUCUAGCAUCGACGGAGCUUACACAGCCUAUUCCAUCCCACGAUAAGACAAUGUCCAUUUUUAUCGUUAUUAAUUAUCUAAUAUGAUAAUCGUUCAACAACUAUACUUUGUACCCUAACGGAUCCUAGAAUAAUAUUUUCGACCAAUCGGUUUUACGAAUGUCUCUGGAAGACUUCCGAGUUUAACAUUAUCCCUUUCAUCCGAAAGCAAAGCUGCUGCAGCCACAGACAAACACACACAACACACGGUCUAAGUUCCAAACGAAAACCAAUGAGAAAGAAACGAAUAAACUGAUGAAAAGAAAGAGACGAAGGAAAGAAGACGAUGACGCGAACAAGUAAAAUAAAUAAACAACGUCGAAACAAAGGGUCGCACGGGUCCAUUUUUUUCAGAGUAUUAAAGAAAAGAAAAAAAAAAGUAACAAGACGUAAAAUAAAACGCCCUGUAAUCUAAUCGAUUCUCCUAACUAUAAAAAGGCUGUGAGACUAAUCUUUUGCUGUUUUACGCUGCUCCCUCGUUUUUCUACCCUCGCACUGCUGCCGAUUGCAUACGCGCGACUUGUGCACGGUACCAUUUUACGCAUCCAUCAGGCUAGCCAUUUUGGCUGGACUUCUCAGAAAGCGCAACGUUCGCCCUGGCAUAAGCUCCAACUAAAGAAAACAAAUCUUCUUCGUUAUUUGUGGAAAGUUUCGCGAGAGAAUGGUGAACGUGUUAUGCCGGAGGAUUUUAAAAACAUAAACCAUUUUAAGGAAGUGUGAGUCGAGGAGGUAUUUGAGUACUUUUAAUUAAUAAGUUAAAUCUGUACUCUAAAUUAUAUGUCUGUUUUGUACUUUAAAUUGUGCAAUAGACUUGAGAAUAUUUUUGUUUAUAAAGAAUAUGAUCAUGAAGACUAUAUUGGUAAAAAUUGAAGAUAUUUUGAAGUAUGUGACGAAAUUGGAAUUUUUAACUUGCUGUAAAAUCAUAGCUUGGAACUUACAUAUUUCUAUAUCUUUUACAUUCUCUUUUAUUUGUUUAUCGUAUUUUAUUAUCGCGUCAUUAAUUUGAAGAUGUUCGUGUUACGAUAUAAUCAUCAGAGCAUUGUUAUACUUGUUGAUAAACGAUAAUCAAUCUGUGAUUGAUGAAUAUUAACGAGUAAUAAAUUAGAGGAAAAAUUAAUGUUUGCAAAUUCUAAUAAUAAUCUGAAUAACUUAAUUCUCGUGCUUUGAUUUGUUAAAUACUUUGAUUACAAGUACUCCAAUACACGAUUGAUGAUUGGCUUAAAGUAAAAUUAUUCGCGUUUCCAAAUUUCAGAGAACUGACAAACAUCUGUCUACUAAAUAGUCGAAAUGCUAAAGGAUAGCAGUAAAAAAGAAAUUGAAAACUUUUGACUUCUUUUCUCCCAAGAAAGUUAGCAAGAAUUUAACAGCACGUCUACCAGAAACUUAUUUAAAAUAUCUUUAGGGUGUAUUAAAUAUUGUGUAGUAACGUACAAAGUAUUUAUCAGCUAUAUUGCUUUCAUUGGGAGAACAUAAAACAUGCAACAGUUUAUCAAUUAAAAUUUAUUUAAUUCUUAAUGGUCCAUCUGCUACAUUAUCGAAAUUAAGGAUGAAAAGUAAAAUAAAUAAUUUGAUAUAGCGAAGGAACAUACGAAAUUUGUAUUCAUGGGUGAUAAUCACCAAAAUAGUGUUUCAGAGCCCUCGUUUUUAAAAUUGGGAAAGAGAUAUGCCAAAAAAUUACAAUAAAAGAUUUCCACUCUAUCAUUCAUUAAUAUAAUCCAAGUAAAAAGUAUUUUAUAUUUAAUCGAUAAAAAUAUAAUAAAACAAUGCAAGGUGAUCUCUAAACUAAUAUAAGGAAAUCAAUUAUACUGCUACAUAAUAUUUAAUUGCACUUAAUCGCCCAGAAACUUUCCUACAGAAUCUUAAUUGCUAUACCCGCGGAGCCUGCAUUUUCCAAUGUCGUCAAUUAAACGCAAAGUGCGAGAAUGUUAAUAUUGAAUUCGGAACUCUUCUAAAAACGCUUGACGGUGAGAGACUGUUCGAACGAUCAUCGCUAAAUACAUUAAACGAAACAAAAGAAAAAAAAAAAAAAUAAUAAGAACUCACAUAUGUACAUGUAUAAUGUAAGCGAGUCGAGAUUGGUGUUAUAUUUUAAUAUAAUGUGUAAAAAAAAAACGAGCAAAUAACAAAAGACAAAGGAGGUAUGUGCGCAAACGAAAGAAAGAUGCCAUCAGACACACACACCGGUAUUUAGACGUUUAUCGACACAGUAUUGUAAGAAAAUUGUAGCUACGAUGUGCACCAGCUUCACGAUAACUCCAGACACCCUCCACCCCCAUUUUUCCUCACCAUCAUCCCUUUGAUUGUUGUUAUUGUAUUAGCGAUACCGAGACCGACACUCUGUACAUUGCAAAUCGAAUCAAUCUGUACGUCGAACAUGGUGCGACCAAAUAGAAUUGUCGACCGUACAAUUUUCGUUCAUUGUACCUUCUCGAAUCCUCGAUCUUCGGAACCACGUGUGUAUUCUGUUCUAAUUUACUCCAUAGGGAACAAUUGUACGGUAAAUUGUCUCCCAUCGAGUAAAUUAUUGUUUCAAUUUCUAUUGAAAAUUAUUGUUUCAACGAGACGUUUGAAUCGAUAACUUUAUACGAAUUUAAUACUAGUAUACUUGGAUAUCUCUGUUGAUCGCGUUGAUGUAUUUGAAUACCUGUACUUAACGCAAUGAACUAGGCGCAUUGGUGAUAUAUGAUAUUACCACCUCUGAAAUAUUAAACAACUGAUAUUUAAAAUUUCUCAAAUAUUUGGUAUUCAAUGUUUUGUGGUACUCGGAUAUUGGUAUUUAAUAAUCCAAAUACUCGAAUACCGGUAAUAUCAGUAACUUUUGGUAUUUGAAUAUCAUUAUCCUGUAUUCUAGUGGGGUUGAAUACCGAUAUUUGGUAUUUUAAAUGCAUGAAUAUCAGUAUUCGGUACUUUUGGGUGCUCGAGUAUGAGUAUUUCGAAUAUCAGAAAUUUGAAGUAAUUUAAUAUUAGUACUCUGUACUCUGAGGUAUAGUAAAAUAUGAAGAUUAAAUAUUCUUGAAUACUUGAAUAUCAACAUACUGAGUCAUUCGAAUAUUAAAUGCUAGUUACAUCACUGAGAUGUAUAAAUUGUAAACAUUUCAGUUGUAAAAAACAAAUUUAAUUACAUAAUUACAAAGUAACUUUGAAUUGAACAAAUCAUAGCAUAAUUAGUAUUAUCCCAUUCAAAUUGAUCGCUAGCGAUCAAAAUAUUCACAUGAAAAGAAAAGAACAUGGAAUACCUGUACGCUUAUUCCGAUUGAUCGAGGAUUCACCCUGUAAUAACGUAGAACUCCUCUUCGGACGAGUAGGACGAGAAAAGUUAAUAAGAAAAAAAAAAGAUUGAUACUAGAUUGUAAGGAUUUUGGGAAUUCUCUGUAGAUCCGUAGAUCGCUGUAUCACUCGCUCCGGUACUAGAUAACCGGAAAUAGGAAAGCCUAUUUUUGCAUUGCGUGAUUAAAGGCAGAAAACGCGUUUAGAGUCAGUUCCCAUUCAACUGAUAUCUAUUCGAACGAUGUCUUAUGUAAGGCUAUGGGACGAUGCAAGGGCGAUUCGCGGGAUGUUCUGCCAUUUUGCCAUUACCAUGUUCGCGUGAUCGAAUUAUCUGAAUGUUUUCACUUUAAUCGCCGUGAUCCGCUGUAUCAUUCUUUUUUCUACUCUUCCACGAUUCAUUUAACCUUAGAUUCAUGAGCCGAGAACAAAAUGAGAACGUUUCUGUCAAUAUUCUAUGUACAGUUGUAGAAAUUUGUCUCUGUGUAAUAUAAAUGGAUUGAUAAAAUACAUGGAUUGAAUCAAAAUAUGCAGGUGAAUAUAAAUAAUAGUCUGUGUGUGAGUAAACUUACCGCUGUCUAUAGAGUUUCAUUGUACAUUCAUUAAAUUAAUAUUGCAUUCGAUAUUUCCAUAAGAAGCAAGCGUAACAUUAAUACGAAUGCAUGUUUUCUUAUAUAAGGUUAGUAGAUUGAUAUAAAGUUGGUUGAUAGGUUGUGUGUUAACAAAUUUGUUCAACAAUUAAAAAUUUCCAUUUCACCAGUUUUGUACUUGGAGGUUAAAAGAUAUUUAAAUGAGAAGGAUGUACUACAUAUUAUGAACAAAGAAAAAUCAAAAAUUAAAAGAAGCAAAAUGAUGAAAAAUCAAAGGAAUAAGGUACCUUGAAUAUGUUUUAAAUGAUAUUCUAAUAAAAAUAUUAAUAUUAAUUCACAUAAUACAGUUUCCUGAAAGUGUAGAAAAAAGUACUCAACCAAAUACGAUCAAUAAAACAAGCAGCUCUGUAAUAAAUUGUUCAAAAAUUUAAAUAAUAAUUAUUACCUGAUAAUGGUAGAAAUCAGAUGCAAAAUAGCAAAGAACAUCAAGCAAUCGAACUUAGAUCGUCUUGAUAUUGUAACGAUACGUUGCUUCGACUACGAUCGCGAGAACACACUAAUAUACGAUCAGUAACUAAAACUUAACACAAAUCGUUAAACUUACAAAAACUUUCCAAAUCAAUUUUCACGAACAAAUAAAGAACUUCAAAAGAAAACGACGCGACGCGACGCGAUAGUCCACUACGAUUAAGCGGAACAGUCGAUAAAGAUCGACUCGAAUAACGAUUAUCGAAGUACAGCACCGAUCGAUCAAGCGUCAAAAUUCUAACCUCAAUCAGUCAUAAUAGAAGAAUUACCAAUGAAGAGGACCAGUUAUGGAAAAAUAUGCGAAUAAUGUGAUCGACUUUCAAGGAAUUGAUAUAAGUGUUCGCGAACGCGGUCGAAGUAAAGAUCGAAGCCGGGAGUGUAAAAUAAAAAGUAAGAUAAAUCAGAGGCGCUUAGGCGACUUUUAUUUCGUGUUACGCAUACAUAUAGUGAACAAUUAACACGUCGUCAUGACGAAAAGAUUCAAAUUCCAUUACUUAGAUUAUAGUUAGCGAUCGAAUUAGCAUCGUACCUUUUUCGCGCGCACUGGUGCUACAGUGGCCGUUGUACGGAGAACGCUUUCAGAAAGCAUCGUGUGAUCAUUUCUCACACUUGCUCACCCGUGGACAUGAACACAACACAACAUGACCGAGCACGAUUACAAGAGCCGAGAAAAAGGAAACAAGAUCGCGUUACAUCGACGAACGUGCUUAUACGGAAGUUAAGUUUAGUCGUGGCUCGAUGCAAACUCGCGUUAUUUCCAUCAAUAUUGCAAUCUCUUUAGCAUUAAUCUGACUUAAACUUCACACAAGAUAUAUCGACUAAAUUCUCGCCUCAUUUUUUCAGCACCUAUCUUCACAUAUUAGCCUACACGCUUAACCAUGAAUGGACCCAUUUUUAUUACGAUAGCCUUUAUUACGAAGCGAAGGUUUCCUUUCGAUUUCGCGACAAUCUCGAGCAGCACCUCUUAACGUUUAUUACUCACACAGCAAUCACAUACGUAUUACACACGCACACACACAUCCGAUCGCAGGCGUACGCACUAGUGGCACGACGUGCUUAGCGGUGAAGACAGAUAAGUAAGAAAAGCAAAAAAAUAUAUGAUACAUUAACGAAAAAAAAAUAAAUAAAAGUAUAGGUAGGAGAUAUAUUCCAUGUAAUUUCUUCGAAAAAAAGGAAAAAAAUCUAAUCAUUCUUUGUUUGAUUUAGUAGCGGACUCGUAGCGGAAUCGCGCGGUAUCCCUCAUUUAUUGCCAGAGACAGAGUAUCGUAUACUACUUUUUUCGAUCUCGUAGAGCCAUGUGAAGGCUGAAGCGAAUAAAUAAGUUUAAUGGAGUCACACCGGAACUGUGUCGUAAACCGAGAGAUGACUUAUUGUGUAAUAGUAUUAUUUUAUAAGCAGUCAAUAAUAUUAAUAAUUACCGGAAGUAAGCUACAAAAUACCGUAUCACCCCAAGAAAAUAACAAAAUAAAAAAUUUCAUGUAUUCUUUUCGUAAGCUCGUCUCGUCUCGAGAGUACCUAUACCUCUAUUGUUAAAUAUUAUACAUACUGCGAUACUUGCAUAGAAGCUAAUACGAGUAUGAACUUAAACAAUAAGGUGUGUACAUUUUAAUUUUUAUGAAUAUAAUAAAAGUAUAAUUUAAUGUUC